UUUAAGAAGACAACGUGCAUUAACAUAAACCUGUCGAUUUGUGUAAACAUUUGUCGCAGUUUAUGUGUAACAUGAUAAGUCGUAUAUUAGUUUAUUCAAAAUGUAGAAUAUUCGCGAAAUGUGUCGAAUGUCUAUCGGAAAACCCCAAUCUCUAAAUCGGAAACAUUCGUUGGUUUACGAUCACUCGAUUAUUGAUCGUGAAAACAAUAGAAAAGUCUAGAAUGCGGUAGAUUGUGUGCAUAUAGAAAACACGCGAGUCUUCCGGAUAACUCCCAGAUAUAAUAUAAUCAAGUGAUUUUUCGAGGUAGUAAUCAUUUUGAAGACCUGACAGCGAGAACUUUGAAGGACUUGAGUUCUUAAGUGUGCAAAUAUUUGCGGAAAUAAUCUUCAUUGAUCAGCCAUGUCUUGGAGUUUAGUUCCCCUUCUGACGCGGGACUUGGAUUACUUUGGGCGCCAAAGAGACCUGUUCUCCGACUGGCUGCACACAUUUGACGAUGACUGGCGUUCGGUGGCUUUCGACACUUCCUUCCGGCGGUUCGAGCGAGAGCUGGAGCGCUUUCGGUCGGAGAUGCACCAGAUGGACGCCGACCAUCACGAAGUCGCGAUGGACAACCCGUUCGUCACGGACCCUGACGGUAACCGAAAGAUGUCGCUGCGCUUUAACUGCAGCAAGUUUCAACCGGAAGAGAUCAAGGUGCAGACAAAAGACGGCGUUCUCACGGUUCACGCAAAGCACGAGGAAAACAAGCCCGGGAAGAAGGUUCAUAUUGAGUACACGAAGAGCUUCAAACUUCCGGAGAACGUUGAUCCCAACGCGCUGAAAUCGACGCUGACGUCCGAUGGCGUCCUGCACGUGGAGGCUCCGGCUCCGCCCGCAGUCGAGGCGCCGAAAGAGCACCUGAUCCCUAUCGAGAAAUUGUAGGAUGGCUCAAGCAGUGAUGUUCCCAUGUUUGAACUUGUUGUACUGGUUGAUUAUAAUAUGUCCGUUCCAUUAUUGCCUCGGGCUAUACGAAAGUGUGGGAACAAUUUCAUUUGAACUGUUGUACUAUUGUUGUAAAAUUGUACGAAUGAAGGCAUGUAAUAUAUGUAUGUAUGUAUCCACCUUGUUAGCAGGUUGUUACAUUGUAGGCAUGUAGGCACUAACAAUGUCAAUGGUUAAAAUGUUCAAUUGUAGUUUUUUAUUGUUCUUUGAAUGCCAUAAUAUGUUCUUGAUAAAAGUUCUUUAAUAUUUGUUAAUAUGUUACAAACAUUUUAUAGUGUACCUUAUGUUAAAAUGUGUUUUCAUGUGAAUCAAUGUUUCCAUUUGUAAUUUCAGUUGAAAUGGCAAUCCUGUUAGGCUGUUAGCACAUGUAGUAGACUGCUAUCAUUUGAACUUUUAAGAUAAAGAAAUGUAAUUUCUAAUCAUUGUUAAAUAAAGAGAUGUAAUUUCUGAUCAUCAUUAAAUAAAGAAAUGUAAUUUCUAAGCAUUGUUAAAUAAAAACAUGUAAUUUCUAAACAUUGUUAAAUAAAGAAAUUUAAUUUCUAA